AUGGCGGAGGAGGCCCGAUGGAGCCCUCCGCUGGAUCUCAAUCUACUGUGGUUGACGGACUGUCUCAUUCAAGUCAGGGAUCAAUAUGACACAGAAACGAGCCUGUUUUGGCUGAGACAAUACCUAAACGAACCCUGGGCGCCCCGUGCCCCUGGAAUUGCAUACUCCAGAAUCGACCACGACCGUUUAAACUACAACUGGUUCGAAGAAGAUUUGAUCGAGCACUUCGGCUACGACCGGCGCUUUGAUGAGAUUGCAUGGGAGCCCACUCGUCAUAUGAGUGCGCCAAAUGCCCAUCGUGAUACUUUCUCUCGGCCUCUGACUGAUAACUACUCCGUUGUUCAUGACUUCCGGAGCUGGGUGGAUGCGCUGUUAAUAAUGGGGGAUGCUAGCUCGAACUCGUUCAGUAUCGCGUCUGGGUGUCCUGUCAACAUGAUUGUUUACUUUACUAUCGUGCACCAUGAGCACGAUUCGGACUACGUUGAGAGCUCCGGCUCUGACAGUGACUCCAAUGCUGAGGACGAUGGAUGA